GAGUUGAAUGAAGCUCGCAGCGUUGACAAAAGCGUCCAAUCCGUGUCUUUAUGUUUCAAAAUCCGCCUGUUUGAGGAACCCGGAAGAAGUAGCCGAGUGAGACCUCUUCUUCAUCGACUGUGAAAGUGAACUUCCUCUGUGAUCUGCAGGAAUUUCUGCAACAUGGAUGCUGAACCCAGGGCGAAGGUGUGCUAGUGACAGGUCGCAGCGUUUCUGAUUUCUUACCUGUAAAAUCAAACAGAGGCUUUAGUAUCCCGUCCUUCUGCGUGUGGACGUUGUUUCUGUGUCUGUCAGAGGCAGGAAUGGGACUCCCUCUGCGCUGAGAUCAAGAUGAGAGAGUGGUGGAUUCAUGUGGGUUUGAUCUGCAUCCCCCUGGUGGCCGUGUACCUGCACAUCCCACCCCCCCAGCUGUCACCUGCCCUGCAGAAGUGGCACAGUGCCGGGGAGGUCUUCCACUUCAGAGGGAAGAAAGUCUUCUACAGAGACUCCUACGGUGCUUUGGGGAGUUCAGAUGUAGUUAUUCUACUCCAUGGCUUCCCCACAUCUAGCUAUGACUGGAACAAGAUCUGGGAGCCGCUCAUCCAGCGUUUUCACCGAGUCAUUGCACUGGACUUCCUGGGUUUCGGCUUCAGUGACAAGCCGCGCCCCCACAGAUACUCGAUCUUUGAGCAGGCCAGUGUUGUGGAGGCCCUGGUGGCCCACCUGGGUCUGAGCAACCAGAGAGUCAACCUGAUCUCCCAUGACUAUGGAGACACUGUAGCUCUGGAGCUGCUCUACAGGAGUGACCAGAAUCGCACAGGUCAUCUGACCUUUAACAGUUUGUGUCUUUCUAAUGGAGGAUUAUUCCCUGAAACACACUACCCACGGCUGCUGCAAACACUUCUCAAGGAUUCAACUAUUCUUGCUCCAAUUUUGACACGUCUCACAAACUACGUAAUCUUCCAAAAAGGAAUUGGGGAAGUGUUUGGUCCAUACACGCAGCCCACAGACGCCGAGUUCUGGGACAUGUGGACUGGUUUACGCUACAAUGAUGGCAACUUAGUUUUGGACAGUAUUCUCCAGUAUAUUAACCAGAGACUGCAGCACAGAGAUCGAUGGGUGGGCGCGCUCACUUCUACCUUCGUUCCAUUGCACAUGAUCUACGGACCCCUGGACCCAGUCAACCCUCACCCCCAGUUCAUCCGUCUUUACCAGCAGCUGGUGCAGAGGUCCACAAUCACAGUGUUGGAUGAACACAUCAGUCACUACCCUCAGCUAGAAGAUCCCACCGGCUUCCUUAAUGCUUAUUUUAAUUUUAUUCAUUCUUUCUGAUCUGAUAUCAUCCGCCAAAUGAAAAGCCCACGUCUAGAAGUGAAGUCAAAACCUCAAAAUGUUCCAAUAUCUUUUCUGAAAGUGUUGCAAAAUUGCCAAAGUUACAAAUAUGCACGCAUGGUUUGAAGACCUUAACUAGUGAUUGAUUGUAACCAGGCAAAAUUCUACUGCAGUUUUAGAUGGCUUCAUUUACCAGCUACACUGAAAUAUUAAUUACUGCCAGUGAGGACAUAAAAUUUGAAAAAGAAACUAUUAGAUUGUACGUAGAGCUAAUGCAAUUGACUGGUCUAAUCAAAUGAGUUUUUAUUUAGAGGUGGUUUAAAUUUGUGUUUCUGCUGUGGAAUGCUGUUUUGAUUCCCUCCAUUUUCUGUUGAUUGUUGAGGCCUGUUCUGUGCAAUUAACUGCAUUCUGAAUGAA